AUGUCUACAACAAGGUCAGAAGAGACACAAAUUCCUCGUCAUAUGGAAGAAUCAAUCAUUAAACAAGAAAAAAGAGAACAAGAAGAAGAAGAAGAAGCAAAUAUUCCAAAGCCAAUUCAAGUUGAAGAGGUAAUUUUUGAGGAAUUAGAAGAAUGUAAAACACCAACUUCAUCAAGUAACAAGAUUCCUAUUGUUGAAAAGUGUCCACCAGCUCCAAAGAAAAAAAGGAAAUCAUCAAUUUCACCAAAUUCAUGUAUGAUGAAAAGAUCAUCAGCAACUCAAUUGAAGUAUGAUGUAAAGGCUGAGGAGGUAGACUCUUUCUUUCAAUCCAUGUUUGAGGUUACUAAGGUAAUCAAUAAGAGACGUAGAACUAUAUGA